AUGUCGCAGUUCCGCGACCAGUUUCCGCAAUCGUCUCCAGGUUCUGUCUCCGGAGGCGGUGCUGACGCCGGAAAUAUUACUGGUACUCCAUCCUCUCGCCUCAUCGCAUUCUCACCGAACGCCAGUUCGGUGAAGUCAACGUCCAAGCUCAUCCAGACACCCGACCGCGAGGAUACUUUGGUCUUCUCGCCUACUCAUAGUAGCGGUGGUGGGUUCCGUCCCACCAACAUGUCUGCGGACAAAGACCCCUUCAUCACUCCGUCGUCCAAGGCAAAGAUGAAGUCGAACCAACAGCUGUCUGCUGCCGCGUCUAGCUUCCGCCCGUUCUAUGAUAGCUUGUCUUCGAACGGAUCUGUUGAGGGUAACCACCAAGUAGCCGAAGGGCAGGACCUUCAAGUGUCAAUUCCUGGCCAGAUUUCCAAUAGUCUGAGCACUGAAAACUUCUUGUCGCGAUGCGUCGAGUUUUCAUGUUCGACUCAACCUGGGGCCGCUGAACUUAAUGAAUUCAUCGGUAGACUUACGUCGCUCACGAGAGCUGGGGGUGCACACAAGACCAUUUGCUCCAGAAACUCAAAGGUGUACGUUCAUUAUAACAGCAUUCGGGAUGCCAUCACCUGCCACAGAAACGUCCAUUUGUGUGGCCCCGGCUGGUCGUCGACUUUCAUGACCCCCCCUGACUUCAUGCAGCUUGCUAUGCCCAGUGACAUGUUUGCUGCUGCGAAUGAGGGCCAGUUGGAUAUGCUUGCUGUUCUUCUCCACAAUGCUCCUAUGGAAUUAUCCCAGGUCGAGCCCCAUGUACUCAAGCUGCUUCAGGCCGAGGGAGAUCUUUUCGCUUUCCAGAAGGAUCCUCGGUCGGAGGAGGGUGCUGUCAAAGCGAUCAUUGAAUACGCUGAUUGUACUGUUGCCAUGAAUGUGGCGUCGAAAUUGAAUGGCGUCAUUGUUGAUGGCCUCCACAUCCGGCUGAGCUUUUACCAGCCUGAUGGACACACUGGGCGAGCGGCGCCUCCGAACGACGGAGUUACGACGCCGAUGCCUACUCCUGGCCGCUACCCUCCGCCGGACAACAACACUGCGAGUUUCCAGGGGCAACAAGGCAUGCAGUCCCAAAAGAUGGCGCUGCAACAUGGUUCCAACUCCAUGGUUCCAGCCAGACAUCAGCCAACCCCUCCAACGUCAGGCAUCGGGGGACCGCCGCAGCAGCAGGUUGCCCUCGUCCCCAUGGUGGUGCGUAACCCAUACGGCACCACUGGCCCAAUUAUCUUGGAUCCGUUCAAUGGUCCGAGCUCAGGAAUGGGAGGUAUGGGAGGCAUGGGAGGCAUGGGAGGCAUGAGCACCUUGGGGCCGAUGGGGCCUAUGGGCUCAAUGGGAACUAUGGGAGCCAUGGCCGGAAUGGGACCAAUGGCCGGAGCCCCUAUUGUCUUUCCUCCCGGGACACCCAUGUCAACCAUUGUUCAUCAAGGAUAUGACGGCGGACAGAGACAUGGUCCCAUGGUACGUUAUGGCAACCGUCGUGGUGUAAUGCGCAUGGAUAGGUCGAUGCAGUUUGGCCCCAACGGCCAUCAUAACCAAGUGGAUGUCAAGCGUAUUCGCGAUGGUGUUGAUGUGCGGACGACGAUUAUGCUCCGAAACAUUCCCAAUAAGGUCGACCAGCGGAUGUUGAAGGCAAUCAUCGACGAGUCGAGCUGGGGCAAGUACGACUUUAUGUACUUGCGAAUUGAUUUCGCAAACGAUUGCAAUGUCGGAUAUGCGUUCAUCAAUUUUGCAGAUCCGCUAGAUAUCAUCGACUUUGCUAAUGCGAGGGACAACCAACGCUGGAACUGUUUCCGGAGCGACAAAAUUGCUGAGAUUUCUUAUGCUACCAUCCAAGGUAGAGAUUGCCUUGUGCAGAAGUUUCGAAACAGCUCCGUGAUGCUCGAAUCACCCCACUACCGUCCCAAGCUUUACUACACCAUAGGUGGGACCAACCCCGAGCUUGCUGGCCGUGAAGAGGAGUUCCCCGGACCAGACAAUCCGUCCAAGAUGAAGCGGAGCUGCGAGAAUGCUGAGCACGUUGGUCUCUUCACACCCCAUCUCAGCCAGUACUACCGGGAUGAACAACGUCGCCGCCGCUCUCAGUUCGACCGUGGUACUAGAAUGGCGGCUCUUGAAGAGAUUGACUACGACGCAAGUCUUCAGCGUGUGUACGUGCCGAAUUAA